AUACUAUACUGCCCAUAAAUUUUAGCUCGUUAAUUAAUUUUGCCGUAAAAACAAAAACCGAAAACGCAGUGGAGCAACAAGAGGAGCAACGGGCAACGGGCGAUUUGAAAUCGGAGUAGUUGUUGCAGCAAGCAACUCACUCCUCUUUCCUUCACCAUGGAUUACCUAAAAACCGUGGUACCUUCACAACUCACCGCCGAGCGAGGCCCCAAUCUAGUCGUCAUCAACCCUGGUUCUGCAAAUAUCAGAAUAGGCCUCGCAACACACGACACUCCCUUUAAUAUUCCUCACUGCAUUGCACGCUAUACCAGCCAAGUCCCCAAGAAAAAUGUUCAAGACCAGAUGCUCAAUUCUCAGAUUACUACUGCUCAGCACAUGGAGCGUGAGAAGGCAUAUGAUGUUAUCGCGUCGUUGUUGAAGAUACCUUUUUUGGAUGAAGAGGUUGCUAACAAUUCUUUCCCGCGCAAGAUGGGACGUGUUGAUGGGUAUAAUCCACAUAAUAGCAAGAAGGAAACAGCAUUUACUUGGACUGAUGUAUAUGAGAAGGAACCAAAUUCAUCUUUGCCAUUAGGAAGUUCGAUAAAUGAAGGUGUGGCUAAUGAGUCUUUGGACCAGCAUGAAGGCAGCAGUUCUAAGGAGCUUAUUUCUAGCAAACCUAAAUACAGACAAUUCAUUUUUGGCGAGGAAGCACUUAGAAUAUCACCUACAGAACCGUAUUGCUUACGACGGCCUAUUCGCAGAGGUCAUUUGAAUAUUUCACAACACUAUCCCAUGCAGCAGGUAUUUGAGGAUCUGCAUGCUAUUUGGGACUGGAUUUUGAUAGAGAAAUUGCAUAUCCCUCUCAAUCAAAGAAACAUGUACUCUGCUAUUCUUGUUGUGCCAGAAACAUUUGAUAAUCGUGAGAUAAAGGAAAUGUUAACCUUAGUGUUGCGAGACCUGCGCUUCAGCUCAGCAGUGGUACACCAGGAAGGUCUAGCUGCAGUUUUUGGGAAUGGGUUAUCAACAGCAUGUGUUGUAAACGUAGGUGCUCAGGUGACAUCAGUCAUUUGUGUUGAGGAUGGAGUGGCACUACCUACUACAGAAAAGACAUUGCCUUUUGGUGGUGAGGAUAUAUCAAGAUGCCUUCUCUGGACUCAGAGGCAUCAUCAGACAUGGCCACAAAUCCGUACUGACAUUUUGACAAAGCCAAUAGAUCUGUUGAUGCUUAACCGACUGAAAGAGACAUAUUGCGAAAUUAAAGAGGGGGAACUUGAUGCUGUCACUGUUGUUCAUUCUUAUGAAGAUGGCUUGCCAGCUGGAUCUCACAAGACAAGACUAACAGCUCUUAAUGUUCCUCCUAUGGGUCUGUUCUACCCAUUGCUUUUGGUUCCAGAUGUGUAUCCUCCACCACCCCGUUCUUGGUUUCAUGACUAUGAGGACAUGCUUGAGGAUACAUGGCACUUGGAUUUUCCCAGAAGAUCUGACAUAUCAGAUGGUUUAUAUCCUGGCAUGAAUGUUGGAUUACCAAUGUGGGAUACCUACCCUGUUUUUACAGCUAGACCAAAGAAAGAAGAGAAGGUUGGCAUUGCAGAGGCUAUCACGAGUAGCAUUCUUUCAACAGGGCGUAUAGACCUCCAGAGAAAGUUGUUUUGCAGCAUACAAUUGAUUGGUGGAGUGGGUUUGACAAGUGGUCUUGUUCCUGCAGUUGAGGAGAGAGUUUUACAUGCAAUUCCUUCAAAUGAAGCAAUUGAUACUGUUGAGGUUCUGCAAUCACGAACAAAUCCAAUUUUUGUGUCAUGGAAAGGCGGAGUGAUUCUCGGGAUUCUUGAUUUCGGCCGCGAUGCUUGGAUACAUCGAGAAGACUGGAUUCGCAAUGGAAUUCACAUUGGAAAUGGCAGAAAAUACAAGGACUCUUAUUUCCUUCAAGCACAAGCAAUGUGUUACAUAAACUCCUGAAAGGUUUGACUGUCAGACUUCCCUGGAGGGAUUUAAACUGUGUGUGUGUGUGUGUUUGUGUACAGUGGAAGAUUGAUGCUUGCUUACUGUAAGGAUCUAAUAGCCCAGCUUUAAAAAGAGAGUAUCAUUAAAUUUUUUUUUUUUUUAAGUCAAUGUAUGUUCAGUUCUUUUCUUCACUUGCACUCAAAAUCGAAGUUUUGCUCUUUUGGAACCUCAAAUCUACCAGGUAGAACAAACCUUAAACCCA